GUGGGGGGUCGUUUUACCCACGAUCUGGCCGCACUGGCCUGGAUACACCCGCGUUUUCCCGGGCCUUUGCGCCGCGAUUUAUAUACAUACCGGAUCAUUCAAUCAUCGCAUCAUCAUCAUCAGUGUCGACAGACAGUCUCAAAAAGGAACGACAAAAAAUUGUUUUUCUACGUAGGAGUGACACGAGUUGCAGAGUUAAAUUAAAAAGAAUUUUUGGAACCUGAUAGUCUUAAUUUCAAAAUGACCGAACAAAAUGAUCAACUUAAUAUGUGCGGGGAUGAACCUCGCACUAAUCUUAUUAUUAAUUAUCUACCCCAAAGUAUGACUGAAAAAGAAUUAUACAGUAUGUUUGUUACUAUCGGACCAGUUGAAUCUUGUCGAGUUAUGAAAGAUUACAAAACUGGAUAUAGUUAUGGUUUUGGUUUCGUGAAUUACGCGAAAGCUGAAGAUGCAGCAACAGCGAUAAAUACACUCAAUGGAUUGCAAGUUCAAAAUAAAAGAUUAAAAGUAUCGUUCGCAAGACCUUCUGGAGAAGAAAUAAAAGAAACAAAUCUCUAUGUUACAAAUCUUCCUAGAAAUGUUACGGAAAAUCAAAUCGAGGAUCUCUUCAAUAAAUUCGGCCAAAUAGUACAGAAGAAUAUAUUGAAAGAUAAAUUAACUGGCUUACCUAGAGGAGUGGCUUUUGUUAGGUAUGAUAAGCGUGAAGAAGCACAAGAAGCAAUAAAUCAUUUAAAUGGUACAAUACCCGAUGGCGGUUCCGAGCCGCUAUGUGUUAAGAUCGCGGAAGAACAUGGAAAACAAAAAGCGGCAUAUUAUGCUGGGUGGCAGGCUGGAUACAAUCAGAGUCGUGGUGGAAGUACCCGCGGACGUGGAACUUCAACUGGGGGAGCUGUCACUACCGGAGUAACUGGAGUUGGAAGAGCGACAUCAAUUGGUACUAGGGGUGGACAUCAUGGAAGUUUUAUUGGGAAUGGAGGUAGUGGUGGACCUGGUGCUAUGAGAAUGGAAAAAAUUCAUCCCCAUAGAUUCAAUCCGAUUGGAAUGGGGGGUGGUUACGUACAAUCACACUUCUGGUGACCACAAAUAAAUGUCUUACAUUUAUUACAAGUCAAUAAGUAAUUAUUAAACAAAUAAACAAGCAAACAAACAAAUAAACUAAAAAUUUAUGAUGAUAAACAAAU